GGGGCGGCUACCUGGGAGCUCAGGUUGCUCCAAAGGCAGCAAACGGACUGCGGUAGCUGCCUGCCAGGAGUCCUGAGCAGCUCUCGGGCAUGGACACGCCUCCGACGUCAGCAGAACAUUUCGGGUAGGUGCCUUCGAGGACGCUGGGCCUGUGGCGUGAUGCUCGUGCCCUGGGACAGGAGGUCUGUGAGCCAGCCCAAGCAGAGAAAUGCACUGUGGCACCGAAGGGGCUGGGCUCUGGGGCAGUCUGACAGCUUUGGUGGGACUGCUGGGCUGACACUGGCGUGUUCACCAGGACCUCAGCUCACCGCUCUUGUGUCUUCCCUAAGCACAGCUGUCAGCGCUUUGCUGCCGAGGAUUGCCUGUGCGCAGCCUGCUGGGAGCAGGAAAUCCAGGCUGUUACCCAUUUUUCUGCAGCGCAGAGUCUCGCCAAGGCUGGCCUGAGCCCUGGGCCCAGUCUGGAGGACCAGGUGGAAGGACUGAACAUCACCAUGCGCGGAGAGGUGGCGGCAGCAGGAGCCGAGGUGCUGAAGGGCCUUUUGGAAGGCCUUGGCUCAGCUGGCAGGGGCCGGGCACAGAGCGUCUCUCCUGGCUCCGAGGGGACUCCUGCCCGCAGCUUUCUGCCUUGUUCAGGACCCUCGGCUUGGAGGGAGCUCCUGUUGUUUGCUGGGAGUGUGGGAAGAGCCAUUCGAGUAGGAGCAGCUCCUGGAGCCCCGGAGCCCCCCCGCCCGCUGUGUGCCCCCGCCCUGGGCGUGGCCCCCCCGCGCAUCACAAGGGGCACCAGUGGUGUCACGGACACCAGUGUCUCCCGGUGCGGCACUGUGCUGGCGCGGGCAGUGCUGGGGAGAGACGGGCUCUGGCAGGAGCACCCUGGCACGGGGACAUCGCUGCCCAGCCUCGGAAGGCCUUGCGGGGCCUUGCUCUUCCCCGUGCUGAGCGCUUCCACAGCCCAAGUGUCUGCCUGGCCGCAGCACGAUGGGCCAGCUGCCCUCCUGCUUCUCCCGGUGCGUGCCUGCUCUGUCCCUCUGGCACCGGGCACGGCCUGUUCCCGGCAGAGCCGCGUGCCUCACGCUCGCAACCGUGUCCUUUGCAGGGGCGGCUCUGGUGGCAGCCAGCUGGGUGCCCUCGUGUCCCGACGGCAUCCCGAGCUCCUCCGCUGCGACUGUGUGGAGGUGACCUGGCGUGGGAGGAAGAGGAGGAGAGACCUCCUGCUUUUCCAAGGCGCCCUUGCUUUUGCCAAGCGCAGAUGUGGCACCAGGUUCUGGCUGCAGCACAGGGUGCGUCUCAGCGAGCUGUGGGUGCUGUGCCAGGAGGAGGAGGCGUGCGCGUGUGCACAAGAAGAUGCAGCGUUGGGCCUGGACUGCAGCUGUACCCUCAUCCUCGUCUGGCCCACCAGCCUCUGCGGGGUCACUUUCGGCUCGCAAGAGGUGAAAGAACUCUGGCUGGACGCCAUCCUCAGGCAAAGCAGCACAGCCCAGGGAACGAGAGUGACCACACUGCCCUCGCUUAAUCUCCUUGUAUCGGUCUUGGGCCUCUGCAGAACUCCGGUGACGAUGACUGCCCAGAUCAUCGAGACUCUGGUUCAGUGCCAGGCAAAAGCUCAAAGGCACCGAGAAGAAGACUGCAGUAGAGCCCUGGCCAAGCAGCAAGAGAGCCCAAGCAGCAAGAGAACCCAGAUGCAGCUGGAGCCCAAAGUGCCUGAGCCUGAGGACAGCAGCGAGCACGCUGAUGUGCAGACAGGUAGAAUGCUGUAAAGCUUUGAAUUUCAGGUCCAACUCAAAGCACGUGGAUCCAGAUGAACCUGGAAAAGGCAAUUCAUGGGGCAUUUGGGAGCGUCCCCUUGGGUUGCGGUUCUCUCACCGUUGCCCUGGUAACAUCCUGGAAUUCACCGCUUUGAACGUUAACACACGGGGCGAAUUAGGGUGACCUUUCCCAGAGGUUAGAUGACCUUUCUUCAGGUUUCAGUGCACCUCCUGGCACACAGGCCAGGGCUUCUUGCUUUGGUCUUUCCAGAUGCUCCUCAGACGUGGCCUGAGGUUUGUGAACAGUGCCACUGCCGGCGCCCUGCCAAGCCUGCUGCACUGCUGCCCGGCGGCCCCCAGGCUUUUCUCCAUUGGCAUUGGGUUUCUCCCAGAACGAGGUGGUCUGCGCUGAAAGUUUUGGUCUCUUACGGCCUGACUGAUGGAGGUUGUCUUGUGGCCUCUGUAGCCCUUCUUUUCUGAGCAAGGUCUCUCAGCUCUCCCGUAGGAGACAGGUCCAGUUCAGACCAAGUGCCCACAUUUCAGAUGUGCUCUCACCUCCAGGGCUCUUCUGGCCAAGGUAGGAAGGGAACGUGCAUGUUCUUCACGGUGAGAGCCGGCGCUCUGGACUGUGAUGACCGACAUCUGCUGAGUGACAAUGCUGCCGGGACCCUUCCCGAGGGGGGCAGCAGAUGGCAUCAGAGGGUCGCUCCUCACUUGGGGUGCAGGGUUUUGCCAGUUUCCUUCAGAGGAAUCAUUUUGCAGCACAUUCUUGGCAUGUAAUUUGGCCUGCGGAAUCAACAGGCAGAGUCGUGGCUGUUAAAGCUCAUCUGACCCCAACACGUGUCAUUCCUUA